AUUAAAUUAAUAAAAACCUUUAAAGAAAAUACUGCCAAAAGUUAACGAAAAAUUUUAAUUAUAAAUUAUCACUUAGAUACAACUGUCAAUUUAUAAAUAAUGACUAGGACUAAAAUUGAAUUGGGAGAUGUCACACCGCACAAUAUUAAGCAACUCAAGUUGCUAAAUCAAGUUGUAUUUCCAGUUUCGUAUAAUGAAAAAUUUUACAAGGAUGUCCUUGAAGCUGGUGAACUUGCCAAGCUUGCUUACUACAAUGACAUUGUGGUUGGAGCUGUUUGUUGUCGUGUUGAUACCUCGGAAAAUUCACGAAGAUUGUACAUCAUGACACUUGGCUGUUUGUCACCCUACAGAAGGCUUGGAAUUGGCACAGUUAUGGUUCAGCAUGUUUUAAAUUAUGUCAAUAAAGAUGCUAAUUUUGAUUCAAUAUUUUUGCAUGUUCAAGUUAACAACGAGGGUGCAAUUGAUUUUUAUAAAAAAUUUGGUUUUGAAAUUGUUGCAACUAAAAAUCAAUAUUACAAAAGAAUUACACCACCUGAUGCACAUGUACUCCAAAAAACUUUAAAUUCAAAAUCAAAUGAUAAUCAUGAAUUAAAUUAAUUUUAUGACUUUCUAAAUAAUUAUUUAAACAUAAAAAUCCGAUUGUCUCUCUUUUUUUUUUCUCUCUUUAAAUCUCUCUACAUCUUUAUCUCUUUCUCAUAUUCUCUAUCGAAAAUUCAAUCUUGUUUUAAAAUCAUGUUUAAAUUACUGUACAGAAUGUGUUUAUAAUUUUUCUUUUUUUUUUUUUUUUACUUUUGAUUGAAUAAUGGUUGUUACUUGACAAUAAUUUUGUCAAGUGUUGUUCAAUUAAAUUUUUUAGUUUAAAAAAAUAAACAAACAUAUAUCAAUUAGAAAUUUUUUUCCAAGAGACACAAAUUUAUUGAAUAAAUAAUAUAGUUAAAACAGUAAAAUGAUUCAAUUAAUUUUUUAUUUUUAUGCCUCAAAAAACAAUUUUUAUUUUUUUUUAUUUAAUCAUCUGUCAACAGGCUGUUGUUAAAAAAAAAAAGCAUAUUUAAUUUGUAUCAAUUUUUUGUAGGAUUCAAUAAAUAAUAUUACAAAUUGAGCUUUAAAA